CCCACGUGCUCCAAAAGUCUUCCCAUCCCCCCCUUUUUUUCCCCAGCCCGGGAGAAACGCGUGUCUUGUUUGCCAUGAAGGAAUCGGGCGGUUGGUCGUUGCGGGUCGGCUUGGUGGGCCUGGCAGCGGCGGCGGCAGCGGCGGCGGGAGUCGCCUAUGGCCUUUACCGGGUGACUUACAGGCGGAGCGGGGGAGCCGCCCCACGGUCGAGGGGCUUGGAAAGAGAGCCGGGCAGCCUCGGUGGGGGAGAAGCCUCGGGGUCUCCCGGGUUAUCCAGCCUCCACCGGGCACCUUUGGGGGGCGUCCCGCAAGGGGGCAGUGAUGAUUCAAAUUCUCAUGGCGGUCUUGAGGCCCGUCACAUUAAGAGUCUUCUUCAUCUGCUGGAGUCUACAGAGGACUCUUUGGUUCAUGAACAGAUCUUGGUUACCCUGGGCAACAGCGCGGCUUUCUCUGUAAAUCAAGAUAUCAUUCGAAAUUUAGGUGGCCUCUCUCUGAUUGGAAAAAUGCUUUCAGUUCCCGUCACCGAUGUUAAACAGAAAGCACUCAAUGCAUUCAAUAACUUGAGUAUGAAUACCAAAAACCAAGAGGAACUAAAGAUCUACAUUACCAAUGUGUGUGAGGAAGUGGAAGCCUCUUCUGUAAACUCCGAAUUGCAGUUAGCCGGCCUCCGAUUUUUAACCAACAUUUCCGUGACAAACGACUAUCAUUACAUGAUGACUAGCUUCAUCCCCACUUUUCUGCACUUGCUGUUUGAAGGAAAUGAAAGGAUUCAGGUUCAAGUCCUGAAAGUCCUUGUGAAUUUAUCAGCAAACCCAGCUAUGGCAGAACAUCUACUUAAUUCGCAGGCACCUCUUCUCCUAUCUCUUUUUGACAGCUGCAUAAACAAAGAUGUUUUGCUCAGAGUCCUUGUGUUCACCACGAAUCUGACAAAGUCCAUGAGACACGACAAGGGUUCUGCUAUCCACAACCUAUACAAUGAAGAUUCAAUUUUUUCUACUCUCUCCGACAAUUCUCUAUAUACUCAAAAACUGGCAUUUCUGUUGCAUCAUCACGAUGCAGAAGUUAAAGAACAAGUGGCAAAACUAAUAAUGCAGCAGUGCUAAGCUCAGAGGUCCACCUCGAAUCAUUCCAUCUUCAAAAUCCUGAAUGGCAUAAAAGAUAUAUCGAUGAUUACCUCCGAUAGUCAUAGAUAGAGGGACGCGGUGGCUCAGUGGCUAAGACGCUGAGCUUGUCUAUCAGAAAGGUUGGCGGUUCGAAUCCCUAGCGCCGCUUAAUGGAGUGAGCUCCCGUUACUUGUCCCACCUUCUGCCA